AAAUAAAUGAAUUCUUCACAAAGCUCAUUUACUGAUCUCAACGAUUGGGCUUUAGUUUACUAAAAUCUCCAAACCAUUGAACCAGAUUAUUUAUCUUCAAAGCUUAAAUUGCAUUUCAAGACUCUACCCAAUUUUGAUGAGUUUAUAAAACUUUAUGAGUCAUCAAAAAUUGGAUGUGAUGAAGUUUGGAAUCAAAAUGAAGAGAUUUUCUUAUAACUCCUCGUCUUGAGUCUAAAUCCUAGAUGCAUAAAGGUAAAUUAUUUUGUUUUAAUAAUUUAAAGAAUCGAUUUGAUUGGGAGAAGGUCCAAAAGUUAAUGCCAAAGUUUAGGAGUCUAUCAGAAUUGUGCUUUAAAUUCUAAUCUUUCUAUAAAGCACAACUUCCAAGAUAACCCUGGUCUUCUUUUGAAGAUAAAACUUUGUUGUAAAUCAUUUUGUAUUUAUCUUUAUCUAUAAUAUAGGGAUAACAACAGUCGUUGUAAGAAAAAAUGGAGCUCUAUUGCAAAUUAAUACAAUCUAAUCUGUAAAUCUGAAAUUCUUAGAAAUGCUAAACAAUGUCGAGAAAGAUGGAAUAAUAAAUUAGAUCCACAAAUUAAUAGGUAAUAAUAUAAAAUUUAACAAACUUAGAGAACCAUGGUCUAAAUCUGAGGAGUUACACUUUCUUCAAUUGCUUCUUCAGAAUGGACGAAGGUGGGCUGACAUAUCUUUGAAAUUGUCAAUGAUCACCAAAUACAAGAGAAGAACUGAAUUUGCUCUUAAACACAAAUUCAAAUAACUAUAGAAAUAUUAUGGUAUUCUUAUACAUUCUAUUUACAAGGUCACAAAGCUAAAAGUCUCAACAAGGUUGAUUUCGAAAUCAGUCCUCGAUGGAAUAUCCAAGAAGUUGAUAUGAUUCUAUCCAAAAUACAGAUUCUAUAAGAAAAAUAAAAAAAGAUUCUUACUCAAGAAUAUUCUUUUUGUGAAUUUUUGAGUACAGAUUCUCAACUUUCUUUAGUGAUUAUCAAAAAUGGAUGCUUAACCAAAUUGUGAUGGUUUCUAUAAAUCUAACAAUUAUAAAUAUUUAUAUAUUAA